CAUGAUUAUUCAUCAAGAAAUGUCAAAAUACACCAUUUUAUGUUUUUCUCAAGCUCUUCUCUCAUGGAAGUAGAUAAAGAAGAGAUCCCAGAGAUGCAAAAUCCUUUUCAAUCCGAAGAAGAUGAAGAAGAAACCUCGUUAGGAAAGAGAAAGAUAAGUUCGAUUGUGAAGACAGAAGAUGAAAGGGAAGUGAAGAGAAUAGCCUUCUUUUCCCAAGAACCUCCAGUGAUAGAAGACGACGAAGAAGACAUGGAUAUGAUCGAGGAUUAUCAAGAAAGAGAGGUUCAUAGAGAUAUCAUGGAAGAUAAUGUUCCUGAAGAAGAGUGUGUUGUUGACUUUGAAGGAUUCUUUUGAAACCUACCUUUUCUUGGCAUCUGCGUCACUUUUUCUAUCUUUGCUUGGCUGCUUCCUAUGUUUUGUAACUUUUAAUUAUUUUGGUAACUAAGAAAUUAUAUGCCUUAAACCCAUAAUUCCUUGGAUUAGAGACACAGAGGAGAUUAAGUAUCAGCGGUAUUCGAACUGAUCUCUCCUUUGGAUGGCCAUGG